AUGAAAACUAUAAUGAGGAAGAGAUUUGUUCCUAGUCAUUACUAUAGAGAGCUACAUCAGAGGUUACAAAGAUUGACUCAAGGUUCUAAAAGUGUUGAAGAUUAUCAUAAAGAAAUGGAAAUUGCUAUGAUUAGAGCAAAUGUGGAGGAGGAUAGAGAAGCCACCAUGGCUAGAUUCUUGAAUUGGCUAAAUAAGGAGAUUGCUCAUAUUGUUGAGUUACAUCACUAUGUUGAGUUGGAGGAUAUGGUCCACAUGGCUAUGAAGGUAGAAAGGCAACUUAAAAGCAAGUCAAAAUUUGGAGGAAAUGCAGGUACUUCUUCAUCUUGGAAGUCUAACUGGAAGAAGGAGGAUAGGGAAAAGGCUUUUAGCAACUAUAAGAAAAAUGAGGAUAAGGAUAAGGAAAAGAAGGUGGAGAAGAAAUUUGUAGAAAGUAAAGGAAAGGAGGUUGCAACUACUACCCGAAAUAGAGAUGUGAAGUGUUUUAGGUGUUUGGGCAGUGGACACAUAGCUUCUCAAUGCCCUAGCAAGAGAGCCAUGGUCAUGAGAGAAAAUGGUGAGAUAGAAACAGAUGAGGAAAUUGUGAGUGAUUCCACAUCUUCAGGGGAGGAGGAUGCAGAGGUAGAAUAUGCUGCUGAAGGAAGUGCUCUAGUGAUUAUGAGAGCAUUAAAUACUCAAGUAAAGGAGGAUGUUGGUGAUGAAUUGCAAAGAGAAACAAUUUUUCAUACAAGGUGUCUUAUCCAAGACAAAGCUUGUAGUGUCAUCAUUGAUGGGGGAAGUUGUGCCAAUGUUGCUAGUACUAUUUUGGUGCAGAGAUUAAGGUUGAGGACUUCGAAACACCCUAGACCCUAUAAAUUGCAGUGGUUGAAUGAAUGUGGUGAGGUGAAAGUAACAAAACGAGUGCUGAUUUCCUUUGCAAUAGGAAAGUAUCAAGAUGAGGUUAUGUGUGACGUGGUUCCAAUGCAAGCUGGCCAUUUAUUACUUGGCCGACCAUGGCAAUUUGAUAGAAAGGUGAUCCACGAUGGGUAUAAAAAUAGGUAUUCUUUUGAAAUGAAUGGAAGGAAAAUCAUUUUGGCACCUAUGACACCAAAACAGAUUUAUGAAGACCAAACAAGGCUUAAGCAAGCAAUGGGUGAGGAAAAAUCAAGAGUGGCCGAAAAGAGAGCAGAGAAGAAAAGAAGGAGUGAAAAGAAAUUGAGUGAAAAUGUUGUGAGUGAGCAAGACAAGGGUGGUUGUGAGGAAAGAAAAGAGAGUAAAGAAAACAUUCCAAGAGUGCUUGAAAAAGGUGAAUCUUCGGCGCAAAAGGAGAGCUGUGCGGAAAGAGGGGAGAGAAAAUUAAGCUUGUAUGCUAAAGGAAGAGAUGUGAGGAAUGCCAUGUUUGCCAACAAGCAAAUGUUAUUAAUUGUGUUUAAGGACUCUUGUUUAUCCACAUCUGACCUUGACCCCAAUUUGCCUAGUGUUGUUGUCUCCCUUUUGCAGGAAUAUGAGGAUGUACUACCUGAGGAGAUGCCAGCUGGACUACCACCUAUUCGAGGGAUUGAGCACCAGAUUGAUUUUGUACCUGGAGCAGUUAUUCCCAACCGUCCAGCCUAUAGAAGUAACCCUGAAGAAACCAAAGAAUUACAAAGGCAAGUUGAGGAAUUGCUAGCUAAGGGAUAUGUGAGAGAAAGUAUGAGCCCUUGUGCUGUACCCGUCCUUUUGGUACCAAAGAAAGAUGGCACAUGGCGCAUGUGUGUGGAUUGUAGGGCGGUCAACAAAAUCACUGUAAAGUAUCGCCAUCCUAUACCUAGAUUGGAUGAUAUGUUGGAUGAACUUUGUGGUGCUUGUGUUUUUACCAAAAUUGACUUGAAAAGUGGAUAUCAUCAAAUUCGCAUGAAAGUAGGUGAUGAAUGGAAGACUGCAUUUAAAACAAAACAUGGACUAUAUGAGUGGUUAGUGAUGCCUUUUGGGCUAACUAAUGCUCCUAGCACUUUUAUGAGAUUGAUGAAUCAUGUGUUGCGUGCUUUUAUUGGAAAAUUUGUUGUUGUUUAUUUUGAUGAUAUAUUGGUUUACAGUAGAGGCAUGAAUGAACAUAUGCAUCAUUUAAGGGCUGUAUUCGAUGUGUUAAGAAAGGAAAAAUUAUAUACUAACUUGAAGAAAUGUUCAUUUUGCAUGGAAAAGGUUGUCUUUUUAGGAUUUGUCAUUAGUGCUAAUGGUGUUGAAGUUGAUGAUGAAAAAAUUAGAGCUAUUAGAGACUGGCCCAUUCCAAAGACUGCAUCUGAAGUACGUAGUUUUCAUGGACUAGCUAGUUUCUAUAGAAGAUUUAUUAAGAAUUUUAGUACCAUUGCAGCACCAUUGAAUGAUCUUGUCAAAAAGAAUGUUAAUUUUGUUUGGGAACAGAAACAAGAUGAUGCUUUUCACAAAAUUAAAGACAUGUUAUGUUCCGCUCCUGUGUUGGCUUUACCUGAUUUUUCUAAAACUUUUGAGAUUGAGUGUGACGCAUCAGGAAUAGGUAUUGGAGCCGUUUUAAUGCAGGAAAAGAGACCAAUAGCAUACUUUAGUGAGAAGCUUAAUGGAGCAGCUUUAAACUAUUCUACAUAUGACAAGGAGUUGUAUGCAUUGGUACGUGCCUUGGAAACAUGGCAACAUUUCCUUUGGCCAAAGCAAUUUGUCAUCCCCACAGAUCAUGAGUCAUUGAAUCAUAUAAAGGGGCAAAAUAAAUUGAGUAGGCGUCAUGCAAAAUGGGUUGAGUUCCUUGAGACCUUCCCAUAUGUGAUUCAAUACAAACAUGGGAAAGAAAAUGUGGUGGCUGAUGCCUUAUCUCGAAGGUAUAACCUUCUUGCCCUUCUU